AUGAGAUUCCCGGUCUGCGGAGUUAGAAGUGAUAGGCUUUUAGCCAAAAUACCAAACGAUUACUACCAAAAUCUCAACUCGAAUAUCGAAUGCUCACUCGAAGAAGCACAGUCGAUCUACAACAAGUUCCGUGCCUUGGCACCGAAUGGAAAGUUAACUUUCCGAAGUUUCCAAGAGUGUUUGGGACUUUUUGGAACGUUAGGGCAAGUUUUAGGGGAAAGAAUUUUCAGAGCGUUUGACUUGAACAACGAUGAUUACCUUGAUUUCGUUGAGUUUUCCACAUCGUUAUUGACUAUGACUCGAGGUAGCGAGGCGAAAAAACUAGCUCUAAGCUACCGAAUCCUACACCCAAACCCGGCAAAUUUACCAAACAGCCUAGUAGGAUCACUGAACAUCACGCCGAGCCCCUCCAGAUCAAAUUUACUUAAUUUAAAUGAAUUGAAAGUUGAUAAAUCAGGUGAUUCUGAGUUUAAAUCUGUGGAAUCAGAAUAUAGAAACAGUAAAUCAGACCUCAAGUCUUUUGCAUCGGAUGAUAAAUCAGGUAAGGCAGAGGCAGAGGAGCCUUUGUCAGUAAGCCUAAUCCGAGCCACAAGGCAAAGUAUCAUUAAUACUACAAGAAUUUUAACAUCAAAUUUAAAUGAAAUCAAGUCGAAUAUCAGCGGAAUCAAGUCAAGCAUUAGCGGAAUUAAACCUAGUACGAGUGAAGUCAGGCCUGAAUUUCUCAAAGAAAUGACCCAUCAGGAUGAGGACGGAAUUGAGUUUGAAGAAUUUGUAGAGGUAGUAAGAGAUAUAGAGUUAACGAAAUCAUUGUUAGUAUGUCGAGAGCCAAAGUAUUACACAACAGAAGAAAUACAGAGAGUAUUUGAACAGUUUGCAUCGACGUCAAGAGACGGAACAAAACGUCUGUCGCAAAGCGAUUACAUAAACGCAGUUUACGAAAGCAGCGAGUUUCUGGAGCUGUUGGGAAUAUCCUUAUCGCAGUACGCUAUGGAAACAGUAACGACAACCUACAAAGGAGUUAAUACAUUUCUCAAGAAAAUCAACACCACAACUAGAAGUUACAUUAACCGAACACACGUGAAUAGGAAAAACGUGUACAAAUAUAUCGAUCAUGGUAGUUCGAAGAGAGGACUAAGUGUGCAUUUUGGCCAUGAGAGCUGGAAUCAUGUGCUUGAUAUGAUGAUUGGACUAUCAAUUUCAGCACGUCAUGUUUACUCACAAGUUAACGCAGUUCUUUCAGACGAUGAUUACAAUGUCAAGCUAUGUUUUCACAUCAAUGAAAACUCAAAUGGGCUCAAUGUGACGAAAUUUAUCACAAACACGGGCCUAUCAUCAUCCAGAUUAAGCGAUCACAUUAUCAAUCAUAACGACGGUGAUACGAUUAAUGACUCACCGAUUAGUAAUAAGUCGAUAGUUCGUUAUAAUCCGGGAGAGAACGUAACGCGGAAAAUCGUGUUUAAAGAGUACGCCCCGAUGGUGUUUCAUCAGAUUCGACUCAUUUCAGGCUUGACGGAGAAGGAUUACUUGGAGUCUGUGAGUCCAGAGCAGAUAGUAGGAAACAUGGUGUUGGGUAACCUGAGCACGAUGUCAGAGCUGGUCUCGGAAGGCAAGAGCGGCUCUCUAUUCUACUACACAAUUAACGGACGUCUGAUUCUGAAAACCAUCACCAAGCGUUGCGCAAAGUUCGUUAAGCGUUGGCUCAAGUGUUACUUCGCCCACCUUGAAAAGAACACAGAUUCCAUUUUGACCCGCUUUUGUGGCCUAUUUAGCAUUGAGAACAGAACACUCCGCCAAAAGGUUUACUUCAUAGUCAUGAAUAACGUGUUUUAUUCCAGAGUUAGUAUUCAUAGAAGGUAUGAUUUAAAAGGCAGUUGGGUAGGCCGAAGAUUAGAACCUUCUGAGUUAAAAGACCACACAGUCGCACUCAAGGACAUUGAGUUUAACAAGCUUGGGGAGCAGAUUCACUUGGGUGAAAUGUCAGAGUCUUUCCUACGCGUUUUGAGCAGUGACGUGAAUUUUCUUAGGGAUUCUAACAUUCUUGACUAUUCACUGCUCCUAGGAAUACAUUAUAGGGCUCAGUCUAAAGACAAUGUUAACUGGGACGGUUCUGAGAAGCUUGACCCUGGCAACCCUCACACCUUCAUGUCUGACAACAAAACCAGUGUCUACUACGUGGGCAUUGUUGACGUUCUAACCACCUGGAACCUUGCGAAGAGGCUGGAGCACGUCUGGCGUUUCUUCCAGACUAGGCAGCACCAGGGUGUUUCCUGUGUCAAUCCGGUCUUUUACUCCUCAAGAUUCAUUCAAUCCAUAACUAACCACCUUAAAUAA